AUGGAGAAGCAAGAGAACAAGCUGUGUUGCAGAGUGGUAUUGUUUCCUCAUCCAUAUAUAGGCCACACUACUCCGAUGCUCAAUCUAGGAAACGCCCUUUAUUCUAAGGGAUUUUCCAUUAUCAUUAUCCAGACUACUCUCAACUCUUCAAAUUCAAGGACAUUCCCAAACUUCACCUUCCACUAUAUUGAAGAAGCACCAUUGAGUUCUGAAGCAUUUGCUUCCUUAUUGGAUCCUUGGGAGACCAUAGCUUUACUGAAUACGAGUUUUUCGGGGCCUUUUCGAGAUUCGUUGUUCAAAGUUUCGGAGGAUGACUCCAACGAAAAAGAGCCCAUAUCUUGCUUGAUAUCAGACCCACUGUGGGAUUUUGCAGGGAGAGUUGCUGAUGAAUUUAACCUCCCAAGACUUGCACUAAGAACUGGUGGCUUAUUGGCCUUUGUUGUCUAUGAUGCUCUGCCACUUUUACGGCAAAAAGGCUAUUUCCCCCUCCAAGAGAAUGAUCCAGAAGCACCAGUAUUGGAGAUUCCUCCCCUGAAAGUGAAAGACCUUCCAUCAGAAGCAUCUCAUGUUGCACUUGCUGCUGUGAUUAAAGAAGCCAAGAGUUAUCACCUGGGAUUCAUCUCUAAUACAUUCAAGGAACUUGAAGGGUCGUUUUUAGACCAAUUCAGCAGAAGUCUUCCAUGUAUUCCUAUCUAUCCAAUAGGCCCACUGCACAAGUACUCUUCAACUUGUACAGACAGAAAGCUUAAUGAAGAUCACAGCUCCAUGAUCAACUGGCUAAACACACAAGCACCAAAUUCUGUAUUAUAUGUAAGCUUUGGGACUAUUGCAGCUAUUAACAAAGAACAGUUUGCUGAGAUAGCUUGGGGGCUUGCCAAAAGCAAACAACCCUUUUUGUGGGUGGUUCGAUCCAAGUUGGUUGAUGGCGCAAUUGUAAAUGAUGAUAUAUAUCCCGAAGAUUUUCUUCAAACCAUAAGUGGGAGAGGCUAUAUUGUAACAUGGGCACCACAGAGAGAGGUUUUGGCCCAUCCAAGUGUAGGAGGAUUUUGGAGUCAUUGUGGUUGGAAUUCAACUAUUGAGAGCAUUUGUGAAGGGGUACCCAUGAUUUGCCUUCCAUUUUUUGGGGAUCAGAAGAUGAAUACUCUACAUGUAAGUGAUGUGUUGAGGGUCGGGUUGCGAUUAGAGAAAGAGUUAGAGAGACAGGAAAUAGAGUGUGCAAUCCGAAGACUGAUGGUGGAAGAAGAAGGUGAAGAGAUGAGAGAAAGGAUAGCUGCUUUGAAGGAGAAAGCACAUAGCUGUCUCAUGGAAGGAGGGUCUUCAUUCAAAGCAAUGGAUCAGCUAACUGACCACAUUUUAUCAUUUCUUUGUGCUGAAAAACCCAGGAGAUGAAACUCAAGUAAACUCAAUCUAUCACAAGACUCCCUACUUUCAGCAAACCCCCCCAAGAGAUCUUACUAUUCUCAAAAUGUCCAAAAAUGUCACCAAAGUAGCAGCUAUAUGCAUAUCACUAGUGAUAAAUUAGGGAGCUCUCGAUAGAACGGUUAUACCGCCUCCACAGAAGGGGAUAUGAUAUGAUGGGACGUAGCCACAAAUGGAAAAAUGAGAUUUAAGGCUGUUGAAAGUUGUAACAACUGAAUUGUAUUUUUCUUGGGUACCACUAGGCAGCAGUUUGUGUUCUCAGCAAUAAGGAUGUUGGUGAAGCGUUUCAACUUAGAGAGAGUUCUUUUCCCAUUUUCCUUAAUGUUGCAAAAUUGUACUACUUUCCCAAGGGUAGAGAGUGCCUCUCUCAAUGAUCGAAAACAUUUUCCUUUUAAAAAGGAAGGAAUGCCACAUUUCCUCCCUAUUUCCUA